AUGGGAUCUCUUAAGCCAGUUCAAAAUCUACCUGAAACGUCUCAAACUCUCUCAAAGUAUGAAGAUAGGCCUGGACAAAUAGAAACGUUUCUUGCUUAUACGAAUAAUAACUUUAGCUGGCCCCCCUCAAUGCCGGAAUAUAUGAGGAGAUAUUGUUUCCACCAGAUCACUGGUACCGGGUCUAAUAUUGAUGUUCAAAACGAAUCAACCAAAAAAUCGUCUAGCAAGAAAGUGAAAAAGGCAGGUGAGAAGAAAGUAUCAGGUACGCUAAAAAAACUUAUUGAAAAAUUAUUCUCUGAAACAUCUCAGGAUUCUGAAGUUAUAGAAAAGGGAACUGGGGAUUUCUUUUAUCUGUACAAUACAAUCAUUAAUAUGGAAGGGGAGGAAGAGAUUGCAAAACAAAAUGUCAUCAAAUCAUAUUAUAAUUUUGGAAAAGCACUUGAGGAUCAUUAUGAUCAUUACAAGAAAAAUAAUCCUAAGCGAACAGCUCAGGCAUUGAAGAAAAAAGAAUGGGCUCUAAAGAUUUAUGAUCUCUUUAGUGAAAUAGGCGAGCAUAUGAUUCAAAGGAUAAAAUCUUUCUCAGUAGCAUCUAUAUCAAAAUUAAGCCAGAAUGAUAUCGACCAUAUCUUGGUUAGGAAAAUACUAGAAGAGAACCCAAGAAUCCUUUCUAAGAAUGGAUAUAUUACAAUUUAUGGAGAGCUAUAUGUAGAUGAUAGGAUUCAUAAUUGUCCAACCAAUUAUAUAUAUUGCAGUGUAUGUAACUCCUUAGUUUUCACACCUGCAAAUAGUCUUUUUGAGGAUCGCUAUGGAGAUAACCACUUGAAGAGAUGUAUUUCUGGAAAUACUAUUUCGAAUGAACAUGCAAAAAGAAAUGAAAUUCUUAAACCUAUUAAUACAAGGGAAUUUCAGAUCUGGCAAUAUAAACAAUACAUAUUACAAGAAGAGGCUAAAAUUAAUCGUCUCCAUCUAGAGCUUUUCUCCCAAUCUACCUUACACUCAGAAAAGGAUAAGUUGGCCUCGGUAUCAUAUGAUUAUGUUACUCGUUCAGUCAGCUAUAAAACUUACCUUUCAGCCAAAGUAACUAUAGCAGAAAAUACUAUGCCAAGUGCUCCAAAAUUUGAGCCAGCUUAUAUUUCACCUGCCAAGCAAGAAAUGAUUUCACUAACUUUUUAUCAGUUAUCGAAUUGCAAAAAUGAUACAGGCAGAAUAUUUAUCUCGUCUCGGUAUGCAAAACAGCCAAAAGGCACUGCGUUGAGAUUAAGGGAUGGAACACCAAUUACAAUUGUCUAA